AUGGAUAAGGAAUCAAUGUACUGUAGAUGCCAACACUGCCCAUCCCUUCCAUUUUUCAUCUCCUGUUGCUUCCAAUAUCUUGCAGUACUCAGUGUUCGGCACGCAAUUCCGAUCAUGAUGGGAGCCAAUAUUGGUACUUCCGUCACAAACACCGUUGUGGCACUUAUGCAAGCUGGAGACAGGAACCAGUUUAGAAGAGCCUUUGCUGGAGCAACAAUCCACGAUUUCUUCAACUGGCUGUCAGUGGCUGUCCUAUUGCCUAUUGAAGUGGCCACACACUAUCUUUAUCACCUCACCAAUGUCAUUAUGAACUCAUUUCAGCUUGAAAGUGGGGAAGAUGCCCCUCAGCUGCUGAAAGUGAUCACUGAUCCACUUACAAAACUUAUAAUCCAGCUUGAUAAAUCGGUGAUAAGUGCAAUUGCUACAGGCGACGAGGAAGCAAAGAACAAAAGCCUAGUGCUAACGUGGUGCGAAACCAAGACCGAAGUGGAUCCAAUGAAUGUUACUAUCCCACCGUGGGAAAAUUGCACCUCCCCAGACCUCUGUUGGAGAGAUGGAAACUUGACCUGGACGAUACGAAAUAUAUCCACCACAGAAUAUAUUAAAAAAUGUAAUCAUAUUUUUGUAGACUCGGGUCUCUCAGAAACUGCCGUCGGCCUCAUUCUCCUUGCCUUCUCGCUGCUCUCUUUGUGCGUUUGCCUAAUACUCAUCGUUAAAUUACUGAAUUCCGUCCUGCAAGGACAAGUAGCAAAUAUUAUCAAGAAGACAUUCAACACGGAUUUUCCUUAUCCGUUUGCUUGGCUGACAGGAUACAUGGCCAUGGUAGUUGGUGCUUUCAUGACUUUUGUUGUUCAGAGCAGUUCCGUGUUCACAUCUGCUAUUACUCCACUUGUUGGUAAGUGUUGUGUGGAAGCAUUUUAA